CUCAUCGACACAAAAUCUUUUUCUUUCCCUCCCUAGGUAGAGAGUCUGGAGUCUCGGGAGAUGUGGAAAGGCUUCAUCCUGACGGUGGUGGAGCUCCGUGUCCCGUCCAACCUGACCCUGCUGCCCGGACACCUGUACAUGAUGGCCGAGGCCCUGGCCAAAGAAGAGGCACGACGUGCGCUCGAUAUGCCCUCGUGCUUCCUGAAAGUGAGCCGGCUGGAGGCUCAGCUGCUCCUGGAGCGCCACCCCGAGUGCGGGAACCUGCUGCUCCGGCCCAGCGGGGACGGCGCGGGCGGAGUGUCCGUCAGCACGCUCCAGACGCUCAACGGGACACCGGUGGUCCGGCACUACAAAGUGAAGCGCGAGGGCCCCAAGUACGUGAUCGACGUGGAGGAGCCGUUCUCCUGCACCUCGCUCGACGCAGUGGUCAACUAUUUCGUGUCGCACUCCAAUAAGAAGUUGAUGCCCUUCCUGCUGGACGAUGACUACGAGAAGGUGAUAGGCUACGUGGAGGCGGAUAAAGAGAAUGGCGAGAGUGUGUGGGUGGCGCCCUCGGCCCCCCUGGCCCCCCCGGCCCCCGGCCCAGGUCCUGCACCCCCUAGGGGUGGUCCUAAGCAGCUGCCUCCCUCGUCCGUGGCGCCUGUGUCCAGCCAGGACAAGCUGCCCCCACUACCGAGCCAGGAUGAGAACUAUGUGAUCCCCAUUGGAGACGCCCCAGAUGCCGACUACGUGAACGAGGACGUGUCUUCCCCGAGUCAACCAGUUGUCCAGAAGCCCAGGAAGUUGGCCAUGUUUCAGGCAAAGCCUCCAAAGCCAUCCAUUGUGCCCAAGUCAGAGCCCCCAAAAGCCCUCAACAGUGGCCUGGCCAGGAGGCUGGCAGUCAGCUCAGCACAGGCUUUGCUGCUCCGGCCCAGCGGGGACGGCGCGGGCGGAGUGUCCGUCAGCACGCUCCAGACGCUCAACGGGACACCGGUGGUCCGGCACUACAAAGUGAAGCGCGAGGGCCCCAAGUACGUGAUCGACGUGGAGGAGCCGUUCUCCUGCACCUCGCUCGACGCAGUGGUCAACUAUUUCGUGUCGCACUCCAAUAAGAAGUUGAUGCCCUUCCUGCUGGACGAUGACUACGAGAAGGUGAUAGGCUACGUGGAGGCGGAUAAAGAGAAUGGCGAGAGUGUGUGGGUGGCGCCCUCGGCCCCCCUGGCCCCCCCGGCCCCCGGCCCAGGUCCUGCACCCCCUAGGGGUGGUCCUAAGCAGCUGCCUCCCUCGUCCGUGGCACCUGUGUCCAGCCAGGACAAGCUGCCCCCACUACUGAGCCAGGAUGAGAACUAUGUGAUCCCCAUUGGAGACGCCCCAGAUGCCGACUACGUGAACGAGGACGUGUCUUCCCCGAGUCAACCAGUUGUCCAGAAGCCCAGGAAGUUGGCCAUGUUUCAGGCAAAGCCUCCAAAGCCAUCCAUUGUGCCCAAGUCAGAGCCCCCAAAAGCCCUCAACAGUGGCCUGGCCAGGAGGCUGGCAGUCAGCUCAGCACAGGCUUUCUCCUCCCCGACCACAGGGCUGGCAGACGUGACAGCAGAGCUGAAAGGGAAACUGCAGAGGAGACGGGCGCUGCAGCACGCAGCCGAGCGCGCGGGGGACCAGCAGGCCGGUCUCCAAGUGUGGCGCAUGAGUCAGGCAGGUCCUUCCUCCCAGAAUUGAAGCUCAAGUGACCCCAGGACCUGCGUGUUCGGCUUGGCUGGGUGGGGCGGUGCGGGGCCCCUCAGAUGACUGCCCACGGUGGUCCUCAGCUCAGCAAAACCUGCCUCCUGACCCUCAAGAAAAGCCUUUUUUGGGAGGCUGUGCCUCACAGCUCUUGGGAUCUGAGUUCCCCGACCAGGGAUCGAACCCGGGCCUCAGCAGUGACAGCUCCGAGUCCUGACCACUGGACUGCCAGGCAAUUCCCAAGAAAAGCCCACUCAACGGCCAAGAAAGCUGAGGUCCGGAGAGGGCCAGGCACACCCAGUGCCACCCAGCCCCGGAAAUAAUACCAGCA